ACGAAAGCAUGGAGGGAAGAGGUGUUCAACAACGUGCACUGUUGCGUCAUGUCCUUCAAAGACUGCUUACACGCCUGGAACAUGUCCUGCAACAGCCACACCUGGACAUGGACUUCACGCAGUUUGUAUGUUGUCAGGAGAGAGUUUUUCUCAGUGCCAUAGCAGGUCAAGUCACUAUUCCAGCAGAGGUAAUUGCAGGAAUAGAUGAACUGGACCGUGCGAUCAACACUGAGAUUGAUCAAGAAAAAGUAACAGCAUUGAGUAUGGAGCAAGGUGCAAGAGGGCGCCCAAAGACACUCAUUUCUGACGAGCAAAUAAGCAGCCUGUUGGAGUUGUCGUUCCCUGUACCGACAAUUGCUGAUUUACUUGGGGUGUCCAUCAGAACAGUGCGUCGGCGGAUGGAGGAGUUCAACCUUAGUGUUAGGGCCUCCUACAGCAACCUCUCAAAUGAGCAGCUUGAUGGGAUUGUGUCUGAGAUUAAAACCAGGAUGCCACAUGCAGGAUACCGCAUGAUGAAAGGGGCAUUGGAGGCAGAAGGACACAAAGUGCAGUGGGAUUGUAUCCGAGCAUCACUGCAUAGGGUGGACACCCUUGGUGUGUAUUCCCGCAUGAUAAACCUUGGGUGUGUGGUGCUAAACAUUCCCCUGCUUGACUGGGAAAGCAGUGGACUGAGAACAGAUCCAAACCCUGGGGUUACUGUGCCUUCAAUUGCUUGCCCUUUGAGCAAUGCACAAAUGGAGGAGUUGAAACAAAGGGUCAAUCCAACGGCUCCAUCUUUGUCCUUUGGCACAGACCAGUACCUGGCAACUCUGCAAGUGGUGCAGAAUAUGAUUGCAAGUUAA